AUGAGUGAAACUGCGGGUUUGGAAAAGUAUACAGAGAAGUGCAAGGUACAGGAUUAUGUAAUCUUUGCCACGAUUUUCAUGGCACGUUUAUUCAGUGCAUUCUAUAACAUAAUCCCGGAUGCAGACGACACGUUCAAUUUCUGGGAGCCAACACAUUACUUGGCUUUCGAUUUUGGUUUACAAACGUGGGAAUACAGUGCUGAAUAUGGUUUGCGUUCCUACACAAUUCUUGUUCCCUUUGCCUGUUUUGCCAAAGUGAUGUACUGGGUUCUCGGUGGAAAUAAAGCGGCGGUGUUCUACGCGAUCCGCUGUCUUCUGGCCUUCCUCUGCUCGCUCGGGGAAACUCUGUUCAUUGCGGGUGUUCGAAGAUUCUUCGGCCACGCCACUUCCACACUGCUCUACCUCUUCCUCCUCUUCUCCUCCGGAAUGUUCAUCGCGAGCACCAGUUUCGUCAACUCCUCGCUCGCCAUGAUCUUCAUCUUCACCUCCUACGGCCUCUGGAUGCGCUUUGACAACCACUUCCUUGGCCUUCUCCUCGGCGCCAUGUCCGUCAUCUACGCCUGGCCCUUCGCCGGCAUCGCCUUCAUCCCGAUGGGCAUGGAUUGUCUCUACCGCCGCGGCUGGCUCCGCACGCUUUCCUACUUCUUCUGCAUCGUUUUCGUCGUUCUCGGACUCGACCUCGCCGUCAACUACCACUUCACCCAUCGCAUCGGCAUCCCCGCGGUGAACAUCGUCCUCUACAACGUCCUGGGAAUCGGCGGCGGCCCCGAAUUGUACGGCGUGGAGCCCUGGUGGUUCUAUAUCCGAAACGGUCUCCUCAACAAUUCCGCGGUUUUCCUCCUCUUCCUGCUGCUCCCUUUCUGCGCGGUCCUGCCGUCGCAGCUGCCGAUAACGAAGCUGCAGCUGGGUUUGGUGCUGCACAGCGGCUAUCUGCUCCUCGGAAUCUUCGUCGCGCAGCCGCACAAAGAGGAACGCUUCCUCUACAUCGUCUAUCCCUUCCUCUACCUCGCGGCCGCCGCCUGCCUGACCAUCAUCACGCUCUGGCUGCGAUCGCUGCUGCGAGUCAGAAAUACCCAUGUGUUCGGAGGGGUGUGUUUUGCCGCGGUUCUGGCUCCGUUCGCGCUGGUGAGCGCGGCGCGCGUGGCGUGCGUGGUGCACGGAUUCUCCGCGCCGUUGUCGCUGUAUAACCGCUUGAGCCGCGUGGAGCUGUCUGGAACCGCGGGAGAAGUGAACGUGUGCGUAGGGAAGGAGUGGUAUCGGUUCGGCUCGUCGUUCUUUUUGCCGUCGGCGUCGGCGCGCGUGCGGUUCGUGAAGAGCGGAUUUGAUGGACUGCUGCCGCAGCCGUUUAUGCCGGGGAAUGGAACGUGGACGAUCCCGGAGCAUAUGAACGCGAUGAACGAGGAGGAGACGUCGCGCUAUGUGGACGAGGAGGAGUGCGAUUUCUUGAUCGAGCAGAGAUUGGAGGAGCAGGUAGAACGCGAUUAUUUGGAGGAUGCGAGGUUCCGCGUGGUGGAAAUGGUGCCGUUCUUGGAUUUGAAGAGGACGGAGUUCCCGUAUCGGAGCUUUUAUGUGCCGUUGGAGGCGUUCGAGAAGCACUUGAAGUAUAAUCCGUAUUAUUUGGCGCGGAGAGUGGGGGCGAAGAAAGAGGAGGAGAAGGGAGCGGAGAUUUGCUUGGAGGAGGAUCAGUGCGUGUUGGAGAGUAGCGAUGAGUAUUUGGAGGAAGAGACGAAGGAGGAAACGGAGUUGUAAAGAAUGAAUGAAUGAAUGAAA